GAAAGAAAGAAAGAAAGAGAGGGGGAGAGAUAGUGUACUGGGUUCAUUCAAAGACUCAUUAAUCGAUAAGAGAAAAUAAUGAUACUGGAACCGAAUCAUAUGUAGGAUACCCAGCGGAACAUCCGAUUUUAAACAACAAAGCUCAGCCAGAACAAGUGUGGACAUUGUAUUCGUAGCCUAUCAGAGUCAAUGGGAUCGAAGAAAGAAAGCAUAAAAGCGUAAUGCCUGCUAAAGUGUAGAUAGAUAAUAUUUAAACAGUUUCUGGUGUUUCAUUUCAGCCUUUGAAAGACGACUUGAGCAGAAUGUGAGGGUGUUUAACAAACAUCUCUGUUACUGUCUGCAACAGCUCCUGAAAUACCGGUCAAACUGAGACUAGAAAGGAACAACCGAGCAUAUAAUCAAUGCAAAAGAAGACCUGAAAAAACUGAAAGCAUUGACUACGUUUUCUCGAUUAAUUUUUUUUAAGGAAAAGUAAUAUCAAGGCAUAAGUAUUUUACUUGAAGCCUUCAUGUACCAAAACACAACUAAAAAUAUACGAUUGUAAGAAUCUGAUUACAGCAGUGGAUUUUUGCAUCACGCAAUAAAGAGUAAAAAGGCAUUCCCAAAUGAUCCUGCCAAACUCCAUGGUGGUCCCGGAAAAAUCACAGAUCCCUGUAAGCCUGAAGGCCUCAAGCACAUCCACUCAGCAGCAAGAGAACUCAACAGACUUGGCUCAGAUGGCAAGAGUCAUGGCACACCUUGAACUGACUGGCUGGUACUGGGGCUCCAUUACUGCAUGGCAGGCCACACAAGUACUGGGGGAUGCGCCAGAAGGCACUUUUCUGCUGAGAAAAAGCUCAAAUCUCAAUUACCUUUUCACUUUGUCUGUAAAGACCAGUCUAGGACCAACCCACCUGCGCAUUGAAUACUGCAGAGGAGUAUUCUCUUUUGAUUCCUUGGUUGUGGCCCGGCCCAGAGUACAGACAUUUGCUGGAGUGGUGGAUCUGGUUCAACAUUACACCCUCACCUGUCAGCGUGUAUCUGAAAACAAAGACAAGGAUGCAAAGCAGAUGGCAUCUUCCCCUCCAAAGGAGGCUGAGCUACAGCUUAGACUAAUUCGGCCACUCUAUAUAAUUACUCCUUCUCUUCAACACCUGUGCCGAAUGGUGAUAAACCAAAAAUCACGAAACAUUAGUCACCUUCCCUUGCCUCUCAAGAUGAAGGAGUAUCUACAGGAAUAUCCAUUUCAUGUAUAGUAUUUGAUCAGUUUACAAGGACAACAAUUCUACAAUUUUUCCAUAAAGUAUGUACUACAACGAGCAUCUCUAAGCAGAUCUGUUAAUUGCCAAUCCUUUAAUUUCUCCCAAGAUCCGGACAUUUACUACAUUUGGUGAAACUGGUUGCAGCAAAUAAAAAACAAAUCAAUAUACCCAGGUAUAUAUGUGUUCUUUGAUUGUCAUUCACCAUUACUAAGCCAAAACUGAGGUAGCUUCAUUUGUUCAGCAAUGGGUCAGCUCAGUAUGGCUUCUAAGCAUUUUCUGUCAUAUUGCCAAGAAAUCAGCAAAGGUAAUGUAUAACAUGACAACAUAAAGUAAAUCGAUCUUUUAAAAAGACCUGAAGCAGGUGGUGAGCACCAAACACAGAAACAAGAUUUUCCUAUAUAGCCACAAGAACACACACAUGCUUUUACAAUCAGAAUUAAUUAUGUAGACAAUAAUCACUUCAGGUCUUGUGCUCAGCUACAAGCAUUGUAGGCAACAUUAACAUUUUUGAAGCCACUUGGCUUGCACUACAUCUAAAGCUGACAAUGUAAGCAAUAGAAAAUUAUCAGAUCAAAUUCCAAAAACACCUUAUUAUUACAUAGUGCUUUGCAGAAAAUUCUCCUGCAACAUUGUAUGGGGCUAUAUAUUAUCAUGCAGUAUACUUUACUCAAACUAACAUUGUCCUGUCAUUGUGGGUACAGUACAAACUCAACAUGAAAGUGUGCUUUAAUUCAUUCCAUAGAAACAAAGAAUCCAGAAAGUUUGGAGUUGAGUACGAAUCCACAGUAACAAGAAGACAACAUGCAAAACUGCACAAGGACUGAAUCAAAAAACCUCAAAGGUAUUCAAAGACAUCAUAGCAAGUAAUCACAGAUGUAAUCCCACUCUUGCCUCAUUGUUCUGUAUGCUGAACAGUUGUUUAUUUGAUGCUCUGACA